UAUUUUUUUUCUCUUCAUCUUAAAUAUUUUAUUUAAUACGUCAGCUGUUUUAUAUAAUGUUUUUAAUAAUCAUUCAAAUAUGCUUUCUAAUAUGAAUUUAGAAAUAGGUUAAUCCGUAGUUAUAGUGCAGUAGUUAUACAGUCGUAUUAAAUAUUCCAUUGAGAAUCUCUUCAUAAUAAGUUAUAUUACGCACGUCAAUAUGAGAAUUAUUUUUAAAUCAUAUCAAAAGUUACUGUCAAAGUAUCCAGUGAGAACUCAAGCAGUACAAGCUGGUAUUUUAAUGGGACUAGGCGAUCAAUUAGCACAAAAUUUAGUAGAACGAAAAAAAUUUAAAGAUUUGGAUUUUGCAAGAACUAGUCAUUUUAUUAGUAUUGGCUUUUUUAUAGCUGGUCCGGCAACUACAACAUGGUAUCGUAUAUUAGAUAAAUAUAUUGGUUCGAAAGGAGGAGUUGUAGUUGUGAAGAAAGUUUUAUGCGAUCAACUGCUCUUUGCUCCUUCCUUUUUAGCUAUUUUACUCGUUUCUAUCGGAUUGUUACAAGGGAAUGAUGUUGAUAGUUUAAAACAUAAAUUGAAAACUAAUUACUUUGAAAUACUACUAAACAAUUAUAAGAUUUGGCCUAUGGUACAGUUAGUCAAUUUUUAUUUUAUUCCAUUACAGUAUCAAGUAUUACUUGUACAAUCAGUUGCAUUGUUAUGGAAUACAUAUAUUUCCUAUAUAACCAACACAGAAAUAAAAUAAGUAUGAAAGAUAUUUCUAAACUUGAAAACCAACGUACAUGGAUUUUCUUAUGGGACUUAAUAAUAAGUAUCUAUAAUAAAAUUAAUAUUUUAAAAAUUAAAGCAUUUAUCGCUUUUAUUUAUUCUCAUAAAUAAAUAAAAAUGAGAGUCUAUGGUUAGUAUGAAUUAGAUGACGAUUCUUUAAAUUGCUAGGAUGAAACAAAACAUCACAAAAAUUUAAUGUACAAUUUUAAAAAUGAUUGUGAUACUACCAUUACUUGUACAUUCCAAUAAAGAUUUUAUGUAUCUGUAUUAUUUA